AUGACUUCCACGGUUCUCGUUACGGGAGCCACUGGCCUUCUCGGUCGCCAGCUGUUUACCACUUUCCAGCACUCGGGAGUCUUGGUGGUUGGGCAGGGAUUCACGCGUGCUGCCCCUCCAACCAUUCUUAAGGCGGACCUGGAGAAGGCAGAGGAUAUCAAGGCUCUUCUGAACGAUGUCAAGCCUCAGAUUGUCAUCCACAGCGCGGCAAACCGAUCCCCAGACCUGUGUGAGAAGAAUCCCGACCAAGCGCGCAAGGUCAAUGUCGACGCCACCCGUGCCCUGGCUGAAGAAUGCCAGGCUCGCGGGGCAUUCCUCGUCUACAUCUCGACCGACUACGUUUUCCCCGGCAAGGAGGGUGAAGCUCCCUACGAAGCGGAUGCUACCACCGAGCCCCCAAAUAUCUACGGCCAAUUGAAGCGUGAUGGCGAGGUGGCCGUCCUCGAAGCUACCAAGGAGUCCGGACUCGGCGUUGUGCUGCGCGUGCCAGUGUUGUACGGUACCGCGAAAUCAAACUCGGAGAGCGCGGUCAAUGUCCUCUUCGACGCCAUCAAGAAGGCACAGGAUGAGAAUGCUGGUGUGAAGAUGGAUGAUUGGGCCCAGCGUUAUCCCACCAACACUGAAGACGUGGCCCGCGUCGUCCGCGAUAUCGUCAUCAAGUACCUGAAGCAGAAGGACCAAAUCAAGGAAAUGCCACACAUCCUACAGUUCAGCUCCGAGGACCGCAUGACCAAGUAUGAAAUCUGCGAGAAGCUGGCUGAGGUGCAGGGCUGGUCUCUGCCUGGAAUGAUCCGCAAUAAGCAGGGGAAUGAGCCUGGAGGUGUGCAGCGACCCUACGACACGCAUCUGUCCACCAAGGCGCUGGUGGAUUUGGGCAUCGACGUGCGAACGAUGGACUUUAUUUCCUGGUGGCGGAGGGAGUUGGGUGCGGUCAGACACUGA